AUUGUUGCCGUUUGGUGUUCAGGAAGCCGCUUUUCUGAAAUAUCAGAGCUUUCUUGCAAGUCAUGUUUACCUGAUCGAUAGCACGCACCGCCGCUGCUGCGCUGGGAAUGAUUUGAACUGAUUGGCCUGGGCUGAUUGGCUCAAAGUUGGGAAGAGAGUUUAUUGUGUUGGCCGGUUGAUCUGAUUAGGGCCGAUUUGCGGAGUUGCGACUGCGCCAUGUCGGCGGAGACAGCAAUGAUGAAGCCUCCGAAUGUUUCUUUACAUAUAAAGGUCCUCUAUGCCUGUGUGAUAGUUUUGCUCAUUAUUCUGUCAUGUAGUUUAUGGAUAUCAUUCAGUGAAAUACAGCGGCUCAGGAACGAUGUGGAUAGACUACUGAACGCGCAGGAUGCGGUGGAGUUCAAGUUGAAUGUGACUGAGAACGAUCGGGGGCAAGAUGCCCGGAAGACGCGACACAGGAGGGCAACUUACGGGCGGGGUAUUCGCACGCUACGCGACCUCCAGCGCGCACAGGCCAGUUCGGAAUUUGAGGAUACAAAGCCGAAAAAGGAGAAGCCGUACUUUGUUUCGCGGACGGAGCCCUCAGAUUUUGUGUGGAUGCCAGCUUACAGCAGAGUACCCACACAUGCCCUCCUAACAUAUUGCAAAUCAGCACAAGAAUUCUGUGGUACGUCAGGUCCACAGGGGCCUCAAGGACCGCCAGGUUUAACUGGUGAAAAGGGAGAAAGUGGGUUUCCUGGUUUACCCGGUGAUAGAGGCGAUCGAGGUGAAACGGGAAUUACUGGGAAUACCGGUCUUCCAGGUCUGCCAGGUCCAGUCGGUGAUACGGGGCAGCCUGGUGACCCGGGCAAGGUAGGCCCCAGAGGCAAGAAGGGUGAGGUCGGCCCAAUUGGACUGGAAGGACGUAUUGGAAUGCCUGGCGUGGAAGGAAAGCCCGGUAUUCCUGGAAAAGAGGGUCAAAAAGGCGAUAAAGGGGAGGCUGGCAUUGAUGGUAUCCCUGGCAUAGACGGUACUAAUGGUGUACCUGGUAUCAAUGGUGCGCGAGGACCCCAGGGACCCCGAGGCACCGAUGGAGAAAAUGGACUGCCAGGUCCGCUAGGUCCUCCUGGGCCACCCGGGCAAAAAGGCGGGCGUGGCCUCGUUGGAUUCCCAGGGUAUCAAGGUGAAAUGGGUCCCCCAGGCGUUCCUGGUAUACCAGGCCUACCAGGGUUGAAUGGUACGAAUGGCAUCCCAGGAGAACCAGGAAGGGAUGGUUACAACGGCACUGCAGGUCGCGACGGCAGGAAUGGUAAAAGAGGAGAGGACGGGUUUCCAGGGCUUCCCGGACUAAAGGGCACCAAGGGCGAAGAUGGCGAAACAGGGCCCAUCGGAAUCACACCCAACUGUUCAUGCCCACCGGGUGAAAAGGGUGAUAAAGGCAGACGGGGUCUUAUAGGUUUCCAUGGAUACAAGGGGGACACAGGUCCACCAGGCCCUCCAGGCAGGCCGGGGAAACCCGGUCAGAGCUACAAUGGCAGCGUGGUCAUGGGUCCUCCUGGACCAAAAGGAGACAAGGGAGAUCAAGGCAUAUGUAAGAAAUGCGAAUGGCCGCAAGGGACACAGGCUGCAAAUGAUUCAGAGCCAAUGCGCCCAAUAGGCACCGAGUCACCUUACGCCAAGCCCACGAUGGCACCCAAAGCACGAGAGUGUGCCAUCAAGGCAAUUGGCAAACCAGUGUUUCAGAAGUACACCGGAAUAUUCUGGGGUGCCUGGAUGAAGGACUCGGAUCCCGUCAACAUCGCGGAUGGUGCCAAAGUCUGGUCAACCAGUCACUUCCACGGGAAAUACCUAAAAGAAUACGCCAGCUUCAAAGACUUUCAAGACGACAAAGUUGCCAAGGUCUACGAGCUUCAUGACCGGUACUUCGGGACUGGCCACCUUGUCUUUCGGGGCGCGUUUUAUUACCAGAAAGCCAGCACUAACGUCAUCGUAAAGUACGAUUUGAGCAGCGGUUUCCAGACCGAUGUACUCAUUCCCGAUUCUGCCUUCAAGGGAAGUAAAUACCUCUACGAAACUGAGUACAAUUACUAUGAUUUGUCUGUGGAUGAAAAUGGUCUUUGGGUGAUAUUUGGAUCGCUAAACGACGAUGAUGGCUUGAUGGUAUCAAAAUUAGACGCUGGUAACCUGCAGUUGUUGAAAUCUUGGCGUUUAGAUGUCAAACACAAUACAUACGGUAACGGUUUCAUAGUGUGUGGCGUCCUUUACCUUGUCGAGAGCACCAAGGUCAUAACCAGUAGACUCUCCUACGCGUAUGACCUUUACAAGAACCGACAACUCGACGUUGAUAUAAAAAUUGUCAAUCCGUUCGAAAAGAACAACAUGGUGUCUUAUACUUAUAGAGAAAACCGUAUCUACGGUUGGGACAACGGCAACCAGAUCACAUAUCCUCUUUUACUUGGAUAAAUUGUGGCUAUUUGUAAUUGGCGGAACGGAAAUGGAAUUGGGAAUCUUACUUUUUUGAAUUAAAUAUAAAGUUAUGAUGCAUUAAAAUGAUUCCUCUUAGUGUUUACAAUCCGAUGGGUAACCCCCGACUCGCACGUUCAAUGAUAUACACGAACAAAUCAUACUAAACUUCUAGCCGGUGUGCAAGGGAUAGUAGUCCUAGGGCUGAUAGUCCGUGUAACAAUAGCCCGCAUUGCUAAAUGUUUUGGUUAGGGUUAGCGGUACAAUGCUGCUUAAUUGGUCAAAUACAAUGCUACCGGACUAUGACUCCAGGGGGACUAUAUCCGCUGUCACACCGGUAUUGCCUCCGUUACCUCCGCCGCAUUGCUUGUAAAGCUUAGCAAUGUCAAUGCGGUACAUGCAGGCCUACAUACUUUAAAUUACGUUAUUGGUCUUGAUCAUUUCGUUCCGGAAAAUACAGAUGGCCAUAAAAUUAUAAUAAAACAAACACUUUUGCCUUUCAUUAAGGUUCUGGCCUUUUGCGGAAACAGUGACGGAAUUAAGUUUAUACUGAAAACACUUUUGCUGAAACAGUGUCGUCUCGAACCUCAUAUAAGUUUACUGCAUGUAAGAUAUGGAAUAGAGUAGAAUAAAGACACAACAAGAUUCAUGGUCCCAUUCCUGAAGCUCUUCGCUGUUCGAAUGAAAUAAAACUUCAAUUUCUUUUCGUUCCGUGAAAAUGGCUCGUUAUCGUGGGAUGUAUGGUCCCAUACUCCCCAGCCGUCGUCGUAUACAAUCCCAACAGCGGUACCUAACUCGGAAAUGAAUUAAAGAAGUGUAAAAGAAUUAAACAUCUUUCGAUUUAAAAUCUUAUCCGUAUUACUGAAAUAACUGUAACUUAUUCUGGUGUUAUAUAUUUUCAAAUUUUGCGAAUAAAAACUAUGUGUUCAGAAUACAUGCA